AUGACCCCACCCUUUCGUAGGGAGUGGAUUUGAGGUCGCUUCCCAGCUGCGUCACUGGUGUACUUGUGUUCUGUAACAGUUUGCAACGAAUCUCUGGUCUCAAUUUAUAGAUGACAUCUGGAAUGAUGAGGAGCCUACCGCUCACCUGCUUUCUUGCCACCUUCAUAUCUUUAGGGGUCUCUUUGGAAUGUGAAGAAUGUGUGGGUAUGGGACACAACUGUAAUGGUCCUAAAAUAACAUGCCCUCCGGAGAAAGAUUCCUGUGCCAUCAUCGCGUCAGAGAUGCUAGGACAAAGGACCCUUGUCAAGACUUGCCUUCCGUCCAAAGCCUGCAACUUAGGCCUUUCCAGCAUCAAUAUGGGCAAAAUCGGCAUUCAAAAGAAUUUCAUUUCCUGCUGUGUAGGAGACGGGUGCAAAAGGAGCACGGACACCAUGCCCGAUAGAAACACCACACUGAAUGGAAGGAAGUGCCCGGCUUGCUAUGCCUUUAAAGAGACGUGUGAAGAAACCAUGACCAACUGUGCUGGAGAUGAAUUAUUUUGCUUAGAGGUGUCUGGGACUUCAUCCCUGGGAGCUAUUGCUACACCAGUCGUCAUGAAGGGCUGUGCAAACAGCGCUGCCUGUUACGAACUGAAGGAUGCAAAAUCUACUCUUGGGUCACUCAGUAUGGUUUAUAAAGCCGGAUGCACUGAUGGGGCAUCGCCAGGUAGCCCUUCAGAAUUCUGGGGAUUCCUUUUCUCAACCAUGAGUGGACUCUUGCUUGUAAAGUUUCUUGUUUGAGUUGUAUUGAAGUUUUUUGGGGGGAGUUGCAGUGGUUUUCCUGCUUUCAAUUAAUUGCCUUUCCUGCUUGUAUGCGGCUCUUUCUAAGUCAUGCAAGACUUCCAGAGAUGGUAAUGGAAAACUUUCAACCGAGCAUGACCUUAUAGUGCUGUGGUUAAACUGCAGUACUACACUGAAGACUCUGCUCAUGACUCAAGUUUGAUCUUUAUAGGCUCUGAUAGCCGGCUCAAGGUUGAGUCAACCUUCCAUCCUUCUGAGGCUAGUAAAUAAAGCACCCAGCUUGCUAGUGAAGCAGAAUCAAUGUGUAGCCAGCAUAGCUAACUUAUAAACCACCUGAGAGUGCUUUAAGCACUAUGGGGCAGUUAUAAGAAGCACACUGCUUUGCUUUGCUUUGUUUGCCCAUUAAACAAGAACCCAAUAGUUCUGCUCUGCUUCACCCUAAGAGUGUUCAUGGGACAGAUGACAAAUGCAGCUUGUAUUCAUAACCAACAGAGGUCCAUAACCAACAGAGCAGCGGGGUGAAAUUUGGAAAGGACUAAAGAGGGAAGGUGAUAUUUUUAGGGGCAUUGGUGAGAUGGGUCACAUGCAUUAGACCUCUGAAACCAAUGCAUUAGAUCUUUGAAAGAGAAACUAAGGGCUGAUUUUGCUGUGACUGGAUGCCGUUCAGUACAGCCUUUCUUAUAAAUAAGCUUCAUUCAGAAGAAAAUAGCACUGAUGUUGACGGCGACAAGUUCCAAUCAAGGGCAUCUGUUGCUUUUCUGUUAAUGACAGUUUCAAUUCAUAUGUGAAAACUGAUUUUUCCUCAAUAACCACUCAGGUCCAGCAACAGCAUGCUGGAAGCUACUUGUCUGAAACAGUGUGUGUGUGUGUGUGUGUGUGUGUGUGUCUGUCUGUCUGUCUGUCUGUCUGUCUGUCUGUCUGUCUGUCUGUCUGUGUGUGUUUGUGUGUGUGUGUACGUAAUUACUCACAGAUGCUUGCUCCAUUAUGCUCCUUACUGAGCCUACAACCGCAGUUUCAUCUUCCGGUACAUUUAAGCUAAGGACACAAGUAAUACAGGAUGUUUUUCACCCUCUAAGGAAGUGACAUUCAUUUUUUAAAAUUAAUUUCAGGGCUGGAUUUCUUUCUAGUCAUCAUCUUUGCUUUCCUUUCUGUUCUGAUCUUCUUUCUUGCUUUCCUCCUGCGAUCUGUAACAUGGUGCAUAAACUGGAUAAGCCUAUCACAUAUCUAAUAUGGUCAAAAAGUAACUACCGAUCUAAGCUGUAGGUUGGCAAAACAUUGGUUUGCUAAGUAGGCAGCACAAAAUGUCGAGUGUGGUGGCCAAACUUUGUGCCAAAGAUCAAAUUUGCAGAAUGAAGGGAAUCUCUCCAUUAUAGAUGGUGCUGUUAUCUACACACGAAGUAAAUCUCUUCCCUAAAGUUAUGUAGCUUGUGUUUCACUGCUGUAAAAUCCCAAAAGGAUCUUGGCCAUCUUGAAAUUAAUUGGAAGAUUUUUAUUUUAAUUAUUAAGUUUUUAAUCCUUUGCUAUGGCCAUUUAAUAAAACAUGGUACCCCUUUCAUGGCUUUGAAUGUAUUUUGAUGACUUUAUUCUUGUUAUAAUCUACCCAGACGUCAUUAUUUUUGGUUGGCGUUCAGUGGAGGCAAACUGAAAAAUAAAUGGUCUUUCUGCAAAGUAAUGAUUGUAAUUUUAUAUCAUUUUUCAUCCACAAUUAUUUUAUGUAUUUUAUAUGUUUGUAUUGAUGCACUCUAUUCACCCUUCCAGAGUACUCUUAUACAGUUGAACACUGUCCUACUGACAUGCAUAAAGUGUAAUAUAUAAAAUAAAAAUGUGCAAAAUGCCAAA